AUGUUAAACAUCAGCUCAAAGUUUCUACAUUUUACAGCACUUAACAAUAUCUUUAAGCAGUCUUGUAAAGUACACUACUUUUACAAGAGAAUAUUAAAGGCAAUAAAUUGCAAUAAUUAUCUCAUACUACAAGUAUAAAAGUUUCACAACAAUGUGCAAAAGUUGUAUGGAACAUUCUAGUUCUAUUCGUGUGAUCUGAGGUGUCGUGAAUCGUUGAGCACCUGCAAGUCUGAGGAUUUAUUUACACCGAAUAAGACAACAACAAUCAAGGAUGUCGGCCGGAUGGCAGCAACGCAACAAUAUGACACCAUAAACAAAAGAGCAAAGAGAAGGAGCGAAAGAGAGAGAGAGAGAGAGAGACAGAAAGAGAUAGAGCAAGUGCUUGAAAGAUUAGUGAGAACGAACGCAGGCUGGGCAGGAUAUUGUUUGGAUUGCAUAAACAAACGGUAUGGGCACACACGUUGUUUGGCUUUCGAACAACAACUUUCCAGGGCUGUGCAGCCGGUUCGUAUCUGCCCACACACACAUACACACCAGUUAACUUUUGUGAAUCAUGUGGACGACUGGAAUUCAUAAAGUAUUCAUUAAUUGGAAACGCGCGCGCCCUGCCUUUUGCUGACCAAUUGCCGAGGAUUGCGGUUGGUAAAAACCGAGGCAAUUCUCAUAUUUCAAAUUCAGUCUUGUUUCGGACGUUCGGGCAGCAGAACCUGCAUAAGUUACCAACCGACCAACCAACCACCGUUCCGUAGUACCGCAAUUCCACCUAACACCAAAAUCAAAGAGACACACACGCUUUAUAAAUUGCAGGGGCUAUGGUAACGGGGCCACCAAAAACCCAGCUAGAACCGGCAAUAUGUAGCGAAAAACAAAUAAAUAAUUUUCACUGUGCGUGUUGCCAACGAUAAACGCUAACGUGUCGCCCAGAGAUACCAAAAAGUGGAAGCCCGUACACAACAACUAAUAGCAAUAAAUAUAUUAUACAAAUCACAGAAGAAAAAGAAAAACCAACAACAAAUAUUAGAAAAUAGAAAAACAAAUCACUUUAAAAAAAAUCGUAUUCGACAAGUGCAAAAUCCCGCCAACUACUUGAACGAACUCUCCUCUCUACAUAUGCGUUAAUUACGUAGCAGGAGUGGCGAAACGGGCAAAAAGCAUUGCGCAAAUUCCGCUAUACUGGCCACCGAAUGGAUAAUGGGUAUUUGUUUAGACACAGAUGCCAGCGCGGCACAAGAUACCGGCGAACCAGGCAACGAUUGGAAUCAUACACGGAAUCAGAAUGGACCAAAUGCACCGCCUGGCAGCGUAUUAGCCAUGAACGGCGAUUCGGGCAACAUCGGCGCCGUCGACAUGCAGAAUGCUGGCAAAAUCAAAUUCGAUCCACCCAAGGUGCCAGUGAUCUUCGUUUUGGGCGGCCCAGGUAGUGGAAAGGUAACCCAUUGCGAUACAUUCAUGCAGGAGCGACGCGGCGUUACGCACAUCAAUAUGAUGGAUCUGCUGCAGCAAUACGCAAUGGGAAACGAUAUGCAAGACUUUUCGCAACUAUCGUCGAAAACAGUCACCGAGGUGUUGAUGUUGGAAAUGAAAAUGGCUCCAGCUGCCAAAGCAUACCUAAUAUCAGGAUAUCCGCGCUCCAUGCGCGACGUUGUCGAGUAUUCGGAGAAGAUACAAGUCGUUAAUGGAGUUAUCUUAAUAUCCUGGCGUCAGUCGGUGCUACAGAAACAAAUCGAUUAUGGUGCUAAAUUAGGUCAUGUUGUACUCUCCUUAGCCAAAAUGGAAUUGGAAAAUUUCUUCAAAAAUGUGAUGCCAGUCGCUGAUUAUUUUGAUCAAAGCGAUAUGCUAUUGGCCGUAAAUGGCGAGCGUGCACCCACUGAGGUGUACAAAGACUUUCGCACCGCUGUGCUAGACAUAUUGAGUGCACUCGAAAAUCAAGAGGCCAUACUGAACGGAGUUACAGGUAUGGGCAGAGGGAUACAUGAUAUACCCGGCAGUAUAGUUAGCGUAGACACCGCACCUAGUCAAGCCCAAGCGCCUCACAUUACAGACCAAGCCGUCGCAGCGACGGCGACUGCGACUGCGACUGCAACUGAGCCGGGUGAACGAAAUGUCACAAAUGCUGUGAUCUCUCACAUAGCCGCCAAUGCAGCCACAGCCGCAGCGACACUCCGUACAGCAGGCGGCGGCGGCGUUGGCACCAGUGCGGACGAUGACAGCGGCGUAGUGGUUACACAGCAGCCGAAGCUGAAUCAUGCCGGCACCAGCAUCGAUGCCAACGCAUCCGAAACGGAUCGCCCAAUACCGCCCAUCAUUUGGGUCAUCGGCGGUCCUGGCAGCAAUAAGGCAACGUUAUGCCUGAAGGCCGUUGCCCUCAAUCCCGGCUGGGCGCACAUCAGCGUUGGGCGUUUGCUGCGCAAUAUCACGGACUCUGCGCCACGUGCCAACACCGAAAGCUAUGCCGUCAAAGAGGCCCUAGCUGCUGGCGAAAUGGCGCCGGAAAAGUCGCUGAAUCAAUUGCUGGAUAACAAUAUACGUCAACUGCGCGAUAAGACCGGCAUUAUCAUCGACGGUUAUCCACGAAACCUGCAGCAGGUCAAAUACUUUGAAAAUAAGUACAAACAACAUCCACCCACCAUACUAUUGGACUGCUCGAAAUUGCAGCUAGGUCGCGGACGCAUAGAUGAUACAGUCUCUUCGUUUCGACGUCGUCUGGAGAUAUUCCGUGAGCAGACGCUGCCUAUGCUGAAGACCAUGGACAGCAGCAAUCGGCUGCAGAUAGUCGAUGGCGACACGGACAGUCCGUCGGUGCAGCGGGAAUUCGAGCGGCUCAUACGCAAUCACAUACAGCAGUUGUCCAACAAGCUGGAGGGCGAAGAUGCCAGCGAAUCGUUGGGCAAUCAUGUGAUGCGAAACGAGCAAACGGAUGCCAUACUGCACGACCUGGAGACGAAUGUGCCCGGCGCUGUGCCCACAAUCAGCCAUCAUGUGAGCAUGAUGAAUGGCCAUAUCAAGAGUCGCGGCAGCGCCCAGCUGAACGCUAAGCGGCCCAACCAAAUGAUGAACGGUCAUGUGGCCGGACGACCUGGCACUGGACCUGUCGCUCCGCUCGCCCAGCCCGUCGAUUUUCGGCAUAUGCUCGAGGAGGCCGAACGCUAUCCGGUCGACUCGUACAUGUAGAGACUAUAACAUAAACACAUAUCGAUCGAUGACAAAGUUUUCUAGUUUUUAUAAACGAAAUUCUCGUAUAGCCUAAAAGCGUCUAAAUAGUUGUUAAAGUUGUUUUGUUGGUAAUUUGAUUAUGAAUUUUAUAGCAUUGCGUCACUUAGCUGACCAUUUUUUGAUAAACUACAUAAGUAAUGGCUAAAAAGCAAAAACAAAAAAAAAAAAAAAAAAGGUCGAAAGAAAAUACAAUUGUGGGCCAAUUGAUUUUAAUUGAAUUCAAAUUUAGACAAUUAAGUUUAGUAGAUAAGCACAGUGAUGUCACACGAAAAUAGCUUUUAAAAAAAUUGCCUUCAUUGAAGGCCUCAAUACAAUUGAAGGUAGCCUUACAUACAUAGAUAUAUAGCAAAACUAAGCAUAAAGUGAAUGCAAAAAACAAAAACGAAAUCUAAUUUAGUGAAUCAGUUUAAAAGAACACGAAUAAAAUGCAGAAAAACCUA